AUGGCACCCACUGCGUCAGACAUCGAAAAGUCCGACAUUGAGGCACAGGUCCAUGUGGCAGAACACAAUGGCCACUCGACAACGGACGACAUUUUCAAAGCCCAAGAUGGCGUCUCACGCGACACCGGGUUCCUAGCCCCGCUCUGGAAGGUCAUGUUAAUGUUUGACCGCUUUGGCGUCGAGUCGCGAGGCAUUGAGCGCGUGCCCGAGGACGAGCGGCCGCACACCGCCUGGUGGGAUAACGGCACUCUGUGGUUCUCUGUCAACGCCUGCGUGAGCACGUUUGGUGUCGGUUACCUCGGCCACCUGUACUACGGUAUGGGGUUGAGAGACGCCGCUCUCACCAUCGUGUUCUUCAACCUCCUCUCGGUCGCUCCCGUCGCCUACUUCAGUACCUUUGGCAAGGAGCUGGGUCUUCGCCAAAUGGUGUUCUCGCGCUUCGCCUUUGGCGCCUGGGCCGGCAAGAUCCCUGUCAUUUUCAACAUGAUCGCGUGCUGCGGCUGGGCCACUAUGAACACCAUUGGUGGCGUUUCUUGCCUGCGUGCCGUCGACACCACCCAUCAGAUUCCAGUUGUCGCGGGAGUCGUCCUGCUUGCCGUUCUGUCUCUGGUCAUCUCAUUCUGCGGCUACAGGUUCAUCCACUUGUACGAGAGGUAUGCCGGGUACCCGGUCUUGAUUGCCUUCCUGGUAGCCAUGGGCACAUCUGCAAAGUACAUGGAUCUCCCUGGCGCGUGGGGACCUAGUGGGCCAACCGAAGCCGCCGGCGUUCUCACGUUCGGAUGUGCUAUUGUUGGCUACGCUAUCGGUUGGAUCGGUUUCGCGGCCGACUUUACUGUCGAGAUGCCCAAGGAGACGUCAUCGCACAAGCUCUUCUGGGCCACCUUCAUUGGUCUCAGCACCCCAUUGAUCUUCAUCGAGCUCAUGGGCGCACUGGCCGUCACCACGUUUGCGGCGCGUCCGGACUGGGAAGUGUUGUUCGACGAUGGAGCCGUGGGAGGUUUGCUCGCCGCGCUCCUCGAGCCUGCCGGCGGUUUUGGCAAGUUCCUCUUGGUCAUUUUUGCUCUGUCCACUGUUGCUGUCAACACGCCAAACGUCUACAUCUUCACUACCACGUUCCACGCACUGUCAAAAUACUGCCAGGCCAUCCCGCGCCCCUUUGUGGCCCUCAUCGUCACUGUCGUCUACGCAUGCCUCGCUGCCACUGGUGCAAAUUCAUUCAGUGCUGUCCUGGAGAACCUCCUUCUCUUCAUCGCAUACUGGUUGGCCAUGUACGCCGGCAUUGUCAUGGCCGAACACGUCAUCUUCCGCCGCUGCAACUUUGACAACUAUGUGGCAGAGGACUACACCAACUGGCGUAAACUCCCUCUCGGCGCCGCCGCAUUCGUUGCACUGGGUAUGGGAUGGAUGGGUGCUGCCUUGGGCAUGUCUACUUCAUUCUUUACAGGGCCCAUCGCCAAAAAGAUCGGAGGCGGCGGUGAUGUGGGCUUUGAGCUGGGAUUUGCUUUUGCCACCGUCACGUUUAUUCCUCUUCGCUACUUUGAGAAGAAGUACUGGGGUCAUUAG